AUGGCAAAGCAAAACGACCACAACAAGACGAUCCUUUCCAAUGCAAUGGAUGAGGGCUUCAACCCCGCGGACAGGAAGAAGCAAAAAUACAUAGAUCUGCACCUUCAGCAAAACAGCUAG